AUGAUAUCGCAUGCUCUCGACACUUCUUCAGACCAAUGGUUUCACCAUCUCUCCUCAUUGUCCGCCGAGUGUGGAAACAUAGUACUACUCGAAAAGAUAUUUCUUAAUCCGAACUUCCAGCAAGAUCCACACGGAAUUCGGGGACGAGCCUUUCUUGGUGCGGUGAGAGAGGGUCGGUUAGAUGUUGUAAGGUUCAUCAUAGAGCCCCGUAUGCACUUGCCCAAGUUUAAACUCAAGCCUUAUGUGUUUAAAGAAGAACUAUUGGCUGGAAUGUUGAAAAGCCAAUCGGUCGACUUCUGCUCUCAGCUUUUUGAAUUGCUGCCAUCUCGGUACAAAGAAAAGGAUUGUCCCGUUAAAGGAAAUUUCCAGUACGACGAGCUUUUGAGUUACGUCGCAAAAGCCAGCCCACAGAGAGUUGACGUGGCGGAAUGGCUUCUCAAUCAAGGAGCUUCGGUCCAGCUGGAGGCGCACGAGAAGGAAAAACUUAUGAAAGGCAAAAGGCCAUUUUCGGACCCGCUUAGACAAGCCAUCAGAGGCGGCAACGAGAAGAUGGUUUAUCUACUCUUGAACCGUGGGCCGCAUCUUGAGACUGGUGGAGGUGCCUUGCUAGAUGCUGUAAUGCGAGGGCGUCUGGAUAUAGUACGCAUACUAGUUGAGCGUGGUGCGUGUGUUACACAGCCCCCAUCUACGAGUAACGUUAGUGUUCACAUGAAAUGGACGCAGGGCAUUCUGAUGGAGCGGGCCGUGCAGACAGAGAAUGAGGAGUUGUGCCGAUAUCUGGUCGAACAUGGAGCUAUUGUCAGUGGCCGUCCCUUGAAGGCGGCUGUCAGUGGAUCACUGGUGUCAAUGGUCCAGCUUCUGCUUGAACUAGGGUCCGAAGUCACUAAAGAUAUCAUCAGCACAGACAGGCUCUCACGCUUCCUGGGCUUGAGUUGUUCGGAACUCUUGCCCUUGCUGCAAGCCGCGUAUACUCCGCCGAGCUGCGACAAGUACCCAUCAACCUCACACAAGAGGUUUCUCACUACCAAGGAUGCACGCCGCCGAACUCUAGGCAACCAGAUCGUUCGAGAGGCCAAUCUGUGUAUCGUAUUCCUACAAGCAUUCGAUCACGACGAUCCGACCUUCGACCAACUCACCGAGCGCCUUCGUUUCCUCAAGGACGAGUAUCAGAAGGCUCAAAAGGCAACAGGGUGCAACGAUGACAACUGA